AUGUCCUCAAACCUCAUAUCUCGAUUCCUUUCCGCCAACAGCACCACCUCGCCCUCCAUAUAUCAAACCAUCCAACAGGACGACGAGAAUUCAGACUUUUCUGAUGUCGAGGAACGCUCAGGGUUGGCAUUGGAUGAGGAAAAUUUUAGAGGUUCUUAUCAAGACUAUGAGUUGGAAGAAGCGUUAGCAACGGUCUCGGAGACACAGUCAACCACUCAGAGCACCCCGUUUCUCCAACGGGGUCCCCGCAAAACGUCUCAAGGGUUUCUUAACAAGCCCAAAACACCCAGAAAAUCCAAUCAACAUAACUGGACACAGUCAUCCCCGAGGGCUUUGGAAGACGACCGAGAUGAUGACGACGUUCCCGCCUCUUUGCUGGUGGAAGGAGACGGCGAUGGUAUUCGCACACACGGGCUCCUUUCCCCUCCCCCACUUCCUCCGCCAAAUCGCAACAUGCACGAUAAUGACGAACGGCUGCCGGGGCCCUCGACUCAAAAAUAUCGAAACCACUGGGAUCGGGCGAGAGGACAGCAACCCCUCCAUCCAAUCCCCAAGCGUAUAGCUUCCGUCGCAACUCGAGCAGGCGGCCAGCAACGUGGUCUUGCAUUUGUUGACCCGAAGGAGAAGGCUAUGUGGAGAUGGGCAAAUGUGGAGAAUCUAGAUAACUUUCUGGCAGAUGUCUACGAUUACUUCCUAGAGAACGGAAUUAAAUCUAUAGUCCUAAGUAGAACAUUACAUCUUUUGACCCUUGCAUUCGUGGUUGGAUUUACAGUCUUUCUAACCAGCUGUAUCGAUUAUCGAAGUGUGCCCCAUAGUAAAACCAUGUCGGAGAUCAUGGUUCCCCAGUGCGUACAGAAAAUGUCCGCAUCCUCGACCUUCCUACUAUGGCUGUUCUCCAGUUUCUGGAUUUCCCAAGCCGUCAGCUACGUUCUCGACCUGCGACGGCUCUUUCAUAUGCACGAUUUCUAUCUUUACCUUCUUGGAGUUUCAGAUACAGAUAUUCAAACCAUAUCAUGGCAAGAAAUUGUGAGUCGAUUGAUGGCACUGCGGGAUUCGAAUCCCUCAACGGCGGGAGCUGUGUCGGCGAAACAUAGGAAAUUUUUAGGCAGUCAAUCAAAACAACGAAUGGAUGCUCAUGAUAUUGCCAAUCGUUUGAUGCGGAAAGACAAUUACCUUAUCGCCCUUUUCAACAAAGAUAUCUUGGACCUGACACUUCCGAUUCCAUUCUUGAGAAACCGACAGCUUUUCUCAAAGACUCUAGAAUGGAGCCUGCACCUGUGUAUUUUAGAUUAUGUGUUCAACAAACAAGGUCAGGUCCGGACACUAUUUCUCAAAGACACUCAUCGAAAGGCUCUGAGCGACGGGCUGAAACGACGAUUUGUCAUAAUCGGAAUUAUGAAUAUAUUUAUUGCCCCCUUUUCCCUUAUCUAUUGUAUAAUGCAUUAUUUCUUCCGCUAUUUCAACGAAUACCAAAAGAACCCUUCUCAGAUUGGCUCCCGCCAAUAUACCCCGUUGGCAGAAUGGAAAUUUCGUGAAUUCAAUGAGCUGCAGCAUUUAUUUCAGCGUCGAAUCAACAUGUCAUAUCCGUUUGCCAGCAGAUAUAUCGACCAGUUUCCGAAGGACAAGACAGCUCAAUUAGGACGCUUCGUAGGCUUUAUUGCGGGUGCACUAGCAUCAGUUCUUGCCCUUGCUUCAGUCGUCGACCCGGAGCUUUUCCUUGGUUUCGAAAUAACUCACGAUCGAACUGUACUUUUCUACCUUGGUGUAUUCGGAACAGUGUGGGCAGUUGCGCGAGGAAUUGUACCUGAAGAGACCUUGGUCUUUGAUCCCGAAUAUGCCCUUCGGGAAGUGAUAGACUUUACCCACUAUCAGCCAGCUCAUUGGCAGGGGAAGCUACAUAGCGACGAAGUUAAAACCGAGUUCGCUAUGCUAUACCAGAUGAAGGUGAUAAUAUUUCUCGAAGAACUCCUGAGCAUGGUAUUUAUACCAUUCGUAUUAUGGUUUAGCCUUCCAAAGUGCAGCGACCGCCUCAUCGACUUUUUCCGCGAAUUCACUGUACAUGUGGACGGACUUGGUUAUGUAUGUUCAUUUGCUGUUUUCGACUUUAAAAAAGGCACCAAUAUCAUCCCCCAAAAUCAAGAUGCCCAGCCCGGGGGGACCAAUGAUGCGGGCCAACCAGAUCUUCGAAAUGAUUAUUUCUCAACCAAGGACGGGAAGAUGUUGGCGUCAUACUAUGGCUUUUUGGAUAACUAUGCCAACAACCCGCGACCAGGUGCUCCAUACGUCCACUCUCCAAAUAGACACCGCUUCCACCCUCCACCCGCAUUUCCUGGACUUGCAUCGCCCAUUCUAGUAGCAGAAGCAAAUUACAUUGGAACUGGUCGUCAGCACCGAUGGGAUCACCCACAACAACGUUCGGUCACCCGACCAACCUCAAUGGGCGGCCACUUUGGCGGACACUCCAUAAUACCACGAACGCCCCGCUUCGGCGCCACAGCCGGCGUACAUUACUCUCCCCCAACUUCAGUUCUCCUGGAUCUGCAUCACCAACCAUCCACCACGGGCUUCCGCUCCAUCAACCGAAACAUUACCCACUCCCGGUACCGCCCGUCACGCCACGCUCAUCUCAUGACCGACACAAUUCGAGAUGAAGAUGAACCACCGAUGUCAGACCAUGGAGAUCCGGAGCUUAAUAGACAUGCUUCGCAAGUGACUACGGGAUCUAGUGGCGCUGGUGCAGACGAUAGUCGUAUGGAGGAGUCUUGGAGGAUGAAUCUUGCUGAUGAAGAGGGGCCCACGGAUGAAGAAACGGAGAAUGUUCAAGAUGUCGUCAGGGGCGCGGGAGUGUUAGGUUUAAUACACCAGUUCCAGAAGGUCAGCAAUGACGGCCGUGGAGGCGCGGGAGUGGGCAUUUGA